AUCAAAGGUCAGCAAAGCUCUCAUGAUAUCCACACACACCCUAAUCAUUAAGCAAGUCCACGAAAGAAAAACAACAAGAGUACUAGCAAAAGGAGCACAAUAAUCCGAUUUAAAAUAAUUAAUAAUCCGAUUUAAAUUAUCACAAAUACCCCACACUGAAUUAUGGAUAAUACGAUAGAAACCACAUAUGCAACGUCUCUAAGCCAAGGUGGGAUCCACUCUUAUAUAUUUUAAAUAAAUGAUUUGUGCAUAUAAAUUCAAUAUAACUUUAAAUCUCCAAUAUAUAAUUACCUCAUCACCUUUGAUUUAGCAAUAUUUCUCUUCUCAAAACAUAAAACUUUAUAUAUGCACUGCAAUACGAAUACGUACAUAUAUGUACAUGUAUGAUUAAGCAGAAUGCUGAUCGUACAUGUAUGAUAUUUGUAAAUAGUAACCAUUGCAUGCAAAACAUGUAAAGCAUCAUAUCUUCUCUAUCUUUCGUACGUUUUUGUUUUUUACCCACUGUUUGAUGUAAUGGGGAGUAGGUGCAUUAUUAUUUAUUUAUCUUUGGUUACCAUGAAUGAACAGCUCAAAACAGUAAAAGUAAAUAUAAAAAAAUCACCGAAUAUACUUUAGAAAGCGUCUUUUGCGAAAGAAAAGAAAUGAAAAAAGAACGUCUUUUGCAAUGGUAUCGGCCAAUAUCGAAAUGUGGACCCGCCCAUAUCCACUAUAAAAGCAGUACACUUGAGUAUCAUAAUUGCAGUGAACACUUCAUUCAAAACCAAUUAAGCUUAAGCCAUGGCUUUCUCUCCCUCACCUCCUCUAGCUGCAACGAUCAUUGGCCUUCGCUCCACCACCACCACUUCUCUCUCUUCCUUCCCCAAACAAUGCCUCACGGGCAGAGUGCGAUGCAAAGCAACAAACGGUGGCGAUGAUCACCUUGAACAGGGUCUAUCUAGACUCGACAGGAGGAACAUGCUGAUUGGUCUAGGAGCCGGAGGUCUAUACGGCGCGACUGGUCUUGAAAACAACCCGUUUGCUUUUGCCGCGCCCGUAUCUGCCCCUAACUUUACCCAAUGCGGUCCUGCUGACAAGCCUGACGGGUCCACCAUCGACUGUUGCCCACCCACCGUCACAACCAUUAUCGAUUUCAAACUGCCCGACAAGGGCCCACUCCGAACCAGGCUUGCAGCCCAAGAUGUAGCGAAAGACCCGGUCUACUUGGCAAAAUAUAAAAAGGCCAUCGCGCUCAUGCGGGCCUUACCCGACGACGACCCGCGCAGCUUUGCCCAACAAGCCAAGGUUCAUUGCUCUUAUUGCGAUGGUGGGUACCCGCAAGUCGAGUAUUCGGAUCUGGAGAUUCAAGUCCACUUUUGCUGGCUGUUCUACCCGUUCCACCGAUGGUACCUCUACUUCUUUGAGAAGAUCAUGGGGGAGCUCAUCGGCGACCCCACCUUCGCCCUCCCUUUUUGGAAUUGGGAUGCGCCAGCUGGCAUGUACAUUCCUGAGAUUUUCACUGACACCACUUCCUCCCUCUAUGACCAGUAUCGAAACGCAGCCCAUCAGCCUCCGAAGCUCUUGGAUCUGAAUUACGGUGGGACCGACGAUGACGUUGACGACACCACGCGGAUCAAAGAGAAUCUAACCACCAUGUACCAGCAGAUGGUCUCAAAGGCCACAUCUCACCGGCUCUUCUACGGGGAGCCAUACAGCGCCGGCGAUGAUGCAAAUCCAGGAGCCGGAAACAUCGAGAGUAUCCCGCAUAACAAUAUCCAUUUAUGGACGGGUGAUACGACCCAGACCAAUGGAGAGGAUAUGGGUGCCUUUUACUCUGCAGGCCGGGAUCCUCUGUUUUACGCGCACCACUCCAACGUGGACCGCAUGUGGUCAAUUUAUAAAUCUAAAUUGGGCGGUACCGACAUAGAAAAAAAGGAUUACUUGGACGCGGAGUUCUUGUUCUACGACGAGAAGAAGAAUCUUGUGCGCGUGAAAGUUCGAGACUCCCUCGACACCACCAAGCUGGGGUACGUUUACGACAACAAAGUGGAGAUUCCGUGGCUGACGUAUAAGCCGACGGCCCGUAAAUCGUCGAACAAGAGAAAGGCGACGGUUUCCUCUGCGGAUCUGAAGACCAAUUUCCCGGCGACGUUGACGGACACAAUCAGCGUUGAGGUGGCGAGGACGUCGACGACAAAGCGGACAAGUACGCAGAAGAAGGCCCAGGAUGAGGUGUUGGUGAUCAGUGGGAUUAAGUAUGCCGGGAACGAGACGGUGAAGUUCGACGUGUAUGUGAAUGAUGAUGCUGAGUCUUUGGCCGGGAAGGACAAGUCGGAGUUUGCGGGGAGUUUCAUCCAUGUGCCGCAUAAAGGGAAAAAGGAUAUAACGACGACUCUGAGGCUGAGCAUUACAAAGUUGCUGGAGGAAUUGGAUGCGGAAACGGACAGUAGCGUGGUGGUGACUUUGGUGCCUAAAGUCGGGACAAUCACCGUUGGUGGGGUCAGUACCGAGCUUAUUAAUACCACCUAAAUGAAAUGAAAUUAAAUCAAGUGAUGAUGAUGAUGAUUUAAUUAAGUAUUUUCGUGCAUUAAGUGUAUGUUUUAGUAGGUCACUUCUCCACUGCAGAGAGAGACCCACGUAACGUAACCCUACAGUUGCUUAAUUAUGUGUGUGGGGGGUCGAUGUUUGUUUUUCUGAAUAAAACAUAUAUAUAUAUACAUGGUCAUGAGUGUGUACUUUUAUGUAUAAUAAAGAGCAAAUACAUGCUACCGUACCUGGUGUUGUUUUCAUUCCCUGUAGUUGUUUACACAAAUAGACAUUUCUGAUUGUUGAGAAAGGGACAGCGAAGGAAGAGUUAGUUCUGAUCUGAAA